AUGCCUUCCUCGCUGGAGUCAAGUCCUUGGCCGCCAACCGCAGACACUUCGCCAAUGGUCUCACUGAUUUCUUCUGCUCGUGGCAAAGGCUGUUCCGAUCUACUGGGGCAGCGGUGGAAUACAUCAUUCGUGUGGCCUCGGAACCAGAGCUGUACACUGCCUACGCCACAGCGUCUCCACUUAGGAACACAUCUGCUGCGCGAUGGCACUUCUCCUGGCACCAAGAUGCCCCUUUGCUUUGUUUGUGUCAAGCAUGUGACUUAG